CCUCCUACUCUGAUUACUCUCGCUCUUGUUUCCAACAUCAAUAUGCUCUUCCUCUUCUGCCUCUUCUUUCUCUUUUCACUCCCCAGUGUCACAUUUUCUGCACAUUGCACCACAUCCACACCCACUAGAACCUAUGAAAAAUGUAUCACCCUCCCAACUCAACAAGCCUCCAUAGCAUGGACAUACCAUUCCCACAACUCAACCCUAGACCUCGUUUUCUUCGGAACCUUCAUAUCGCCUUCCGGCUGGGUGGGGUGGGGCAUCAACCCCACCUCCGCGGAAAUGACAGGCACUCGUGCCCUAAUCGCCUUUCCUGACCCUAACACGGGCCAAAUAGCCCUACUACCUUACAUCAUAGACCCGACCGUCAAACUCCAACGUACCCCUCUCCUCUCCCGCCCUCUCGACAUCCACCUCAUCUCCUCCUCCGCCACUCUGUACAGCGGAAAACUAGCCACCGUCCAUGAUGGCGCCGCCGUCCACAUUUACGCCACAUUGAAGCUCACACAAAACAAGACAAGGCUCAACCACGUGUGGAACCGCGGCCUCUACGUCCAAGGCUUCUCUCCAACCGUACACCCAACUAACCCCAACGACCUCUCCUCCAUAACAACCUUUGACGUCAGGUCAGGUUCAACCGCCACACGCCACACCAACAUUCUGACCCUCCGAUCAGCCCACGGCAUCAUUAAUGCUGUUUCUUGGGGGAUACUGUUGCCCAUCGGAGCAGUAACAGCUCGCUACCUUCGACACGUCCAAUCACUAGGUCCUACGUGGUUCUACGUCCACGCUGCGAUCCAGCUCUUUGGCUUUGUGUUAGGGACUAUAGGGUUUGCUAUUGGGGUCAGGCUUGGUGAUAUGUCACCUGGAGUGCAAUAUGGUCUGCACAGGAAGCUAGGGUUUGCUGCAUUCUGCUUGGGAGCGCUUCAGACUCUGGCGCUGUUGUUCCGGCCGAAGACGACGAACAAGUUCAGGAAGUACUGGAAGUCAUACCAUCAUUUUGUAGGGUAUGCUUGUGUGGUGCUUGGGGUUGUGAAUGUGUUCCAGGGUUUUGAGGUGAUGGGAGCUGAAAGGUCUUAUGCUAAGUUGGCUUAUUGUUUGGGGCUUUCAACUUUGAUUGGUGUUUGUAUAGCAUUGGAGGUGAAUUCAUGGGUGGUCUUCUGUAGGAAAUCUAAGGAGGAGAAGCUGAGGAGGGAAGGUUUGAUUGGAGCGUCUGAUAAAGGCAGUGGAAUAAUCCUCAAUUGAUCGUCACAUACAUUUUAGUCUCACAAAAUUUGAAUACCUUUUGGCUUUAGGAAAAUAUAGUAUUUCAUAACGUCAAAUUGACAAUGAUGUUGCAGUAUCUAAGGAUGUGAGUAGAACAAUGGAAAACAGUAAACUACCAAAAGAUUACUAAUUAUGUUUUUAAAAAACAUCAAAAUAAUUGUCAAGAAUGGGAUUCGAACCCAUGCCCUUUCGGACCAGUACCUGAAACUGGCGCCUUAGACCAACUCGGCCAUCUUGACGAUGUUGACAGUUUAACAUCUGGCAGGUAUUCUAACUCUUGCAUAGAUGUUUCUUCCAUUGUUUCUGGCUCUACCUAGAGAUCGGACCUGUUGCCACAGUCUGGAACAGUUGAAGUCACUAUACGAGUACUAUGGGAUAAUGGUAAAGCUUGGACUUUAAGAAACCAAACCAGUUUGUACUUAGUACGUUUUAUUUUAAAUCCAGUUUA